GGUCGGGACGAUGGCGGCGGCCUUGGGCGAGGAGGCGCCGGACAACGAGGACUACUACGGGCUGCUGAACGUGCGCCGUGAGGCCUCCCAGGAGGAGCUGAAGGCAGCGUACCGCCGGCUGUGCAUGCUCUACCACCCCGACAAGCACCGCGACCCCGAGCUCAAGAGCCAGGCUGAGCGUCUCUUCAACCUUGUCCACCAAGCCUAUGAAGUGCUUAGUGAUCCACAGACCAGAGCCAUCUAUGACAUAUAUGGGAGGAGAGGACUGGAGAUGGAAGGCUGGGAGGUUGUGGAACGAAAGAGAACUGCAGCUGAAAUCAGGGAAGAAUUUGAGCGUCUGCAGAGGGAGAGGGAAGAGAGGAGACUGCAGCAGAGAACUAAUCCAAAGGGAACAAUUAGUGUGGGAAUAGAUGCCACUGACCUGUUUGAUCGCUAUGAUGAGGAGUAUGAAGAUGUGCCUGGGAGCAGCUUUCCCCAGAUUGAGAUCAACAAAAUGCACAUAUCCCAGUCCAUCGAGGCACCCCUGACUUCCACAGAUACAGCAAUACUGUCUGGAAACCUUUCCACCCAGAAUGGGAAUGGAGGGGGAUCAAUUAAUCUUGCACUGAGACGAGUGACAUCUGCCAAGGGAUGGGGAGAGUUGGAGUUUGGAGCUGGAGACCUUCAUGGACCUCUCUUUGGGCUGAAGAUAUUUCGUAAUCUUACCCCAAGAUGUUUCAUCACCACAAACUGUGCCCUGCAGUUCUCAUCGCGCGGGGUCCGCCCCGGCCUCACCACGGUCCUGGCCCGAAACCUGGACAAGAACACCAUGGGCUACCUGCAGUGGAGGUGGGGCAUCCAGUCAGCCAUGAACACCAGCAUUGUCCGGGACACCAAAAGCAGCCACCUCACCCUGGCAAUGCAGCUGGGAAUCCCCCAUUCUUUCAUGAUGGUCAGUUACCAGCACAAGUUUCAGGAUGAGGAUCAAACACGAGUGAAAGGUUCUCUCAAGGUGGGUUUCUUUGGGACCAUAGUGGAGUAUGGAGCAGAGAGGAAGAUCUCCAGGCACAGUGUUCUAGGAGCCACUGUCAGCGUUGGUGUUCCUCAAGGAGUGUCCUUGAAAAUCAAGCUGAAUAGGGCCAGCCAGACCUACUUCUUCCCUGUCCAUCUAACAGAUCAGCUGCUUCCCAGUGCUGUGUUCUAUGCCACCGUGGGACCUCUCGUUAUCUACUUUGCCAUGCACAGGCUGGUCAUCAAACCCUACCUCAGGGCACAGAAGGAGAGGGAGCUGGAGAAGCAGCGGGAGAGCACAGCCAGUGACAUCCUACAGAAGAAACAGGAGGCUGAAGCAGCAGUCCGGUUAAUGCAGGAGUCAGUCCGAAGGAUAAUUGAAGCAGAGGAAGCCAGAAUGGGUCUGAUUGUAGUGAAUGCCUGGUAUGGGAAGUUUGUUAACGACAACAGCAGGAAGAAUGAGAAGGUGAAGGUUAUAGAUGUGACUGUGCCUCUGCAGUGCUUGGUGAAGGACUCUAAACUCAUCCUUACAGAGGCCUCCAAGGCUGGGCUGCCAGGCUUCUACGACCCCUGUGUGGGUGAGGAGAAGAGUUUGAAAGUGCUUUAUCAGUUCCGAGGAGUUCUGCACCAGGUGAUGUCAGCUGACAAUGAGGCCCUUAGGAUACCAAAGCAAUCUCACAGGAUCGAUGCCGACGGCUAAUCCGGGAACGCGCGUCCCCCACGGUACCUGGCUCCACAGAAACUGCAAAACCUCCCCCGGACGCUGCCAGUUUGAACAGAGACACUUUUAUUUUUACUGUCUGUACAGCAGGAGGUGUCCUGCUGGUUCUGUUAGGGACGAAAGGACAGACCCUGCUGCUGCAGGCGGCUCCCAGGCAAUAUCUGAGUUGUGGCUCGGUACCCAAUAAAGCAGCGUGACUCUGAG